UCCAGCCCUGGUUAGGUCUGGUUCACAAAAAAAAAUAACACAAUUUUAUUUUAAUCUUUCCAAUAUGCAAAUCUGUUCGAAAAUCGACCAACACAGGAUGCAGACAAUAAAUAGCAAUAAUAUAAUUUGACAUUUGCCUGCGCAAAAAAAGUUUCGUGCCUUGCCGAGUGCUAAAUCCAAGUCCAGACGCAUAAAAUCGAUGCAGAUGCUGUCUGCAUCGCUACCACAUUCUUUUGGAAAGUGCAUUAAAUCGGUUGCCAAAAACACGAUGCUCAGUAAUUUACGCUGUGAAAUCAACCAUUAAUCAAAAACACAAAAGACUCGAAAGGAUGCAACUAAGCAAAAGCUAUAGCAAUAACAAAGUGCUCGAAUCGGACCAAAAUAAAUACAUACAGACGGUCAAGGAGGCCGAUGUGUAUUGACGUUGCCCGCGCUGAAGUGAGCUGAUUACACAAAAGAUCCUCAAAACUAUUUUAUUCAAGGCUCUAAUAUGUCCGACGGAGUCAGUAUAUUGCACAUCAAGCAGGAGGUGGACACUUCUUCGGCGGGCGGCGCGGCCUCGUGCUUUAGUCCCAGUUCCAAAUCAACUGCAACGCAAAGUGGAACCAACGGCAUGAAGUCCUCACCUUCGGUUUCACCAGAGAGACAGCUUUGCAGCUCCACGACCUCCCUUUCCUGUGACCUGCAUAACGUAUCCCUAAGCAAUGAUGGUGACAGUUUAAAGGGUGGUGGAGCUGGCAGCGGCACUAGUGGCGGCGGAGGUGGAGGAGGUGGCGGUACCAGUGGAGGAAAUGCCAGCAAUCCUAGUGCUGGAACAGGAUCCGGAUCAGUAAGGGAUGAGCUUCGCCGGCUGUGUUUGGUUUGCGGAGAUGUGGCCAGUGGAUUUCACUACGGUGUGGCAAGCUGCGAGGCCUGCAAGGCAUUCUUUAAGCGCACCAUACAAGGAAAUAUUGAGUACACCUGCCCGGCCAACAAUGAGUGCGAGAUCAACAAGCGGAGGCGCAAAGCCUGCCAGGCGUGUCGAUUUCAAAAGUGUCUGCUCAUGGGCAUGCUGAAGGAGGGUGUGCGUUUGGACCGAGUUCGUGGUGGACGGCAGAAGUACCGGCGGAAUCCCGUAUCCAACUCUUACCAGACCAUGCAGUUGCUCUAUCAGUCAAACACCACCUCGCUGUGCGAUGUGAAGAUCCUGGAGGUGCUCAACUCCUACGAACCGGAUGCUUUGAGUGUUCAAACGCCUCCACCGCAGGUGCAUACAACAACCAUUGCCAAUGAUGAGGCCUCUUCCUCGUCGGGCAGCAUUAAACUUGAGUCCAGCGUUGGAGUCACGCCCAAUGGGACUUGCAUUUUCCAAAACAAUAACAACAAUGAUCCCAAUGAGAUAUUAAGCGUGCUUAGCGAUAUUUACGACAAGGAACUGGUCAGUGUAAUUGGCUGGGCAAAGCAGAUACCCGGCUUUAUAGAAUUGCCGCUUAACGACCAAAUGAAGUUGCUCCAAGUGUCGUGGGCUGAGAUUCUGACCCUGCAGCUGACCUUCCGUUCACUACCGUUUAACGGCAAAUUGUGCUUCGCCACGGAUGUCUGGAUGGACGAGUUGUUGGCCAAGGAGUGCGGCUACACGGAAUUCUACUACCACUGUGUGCAGAUUGCCCAACGGAUGGAGAGGAUUUCGCCACGAAGGGAGGAGUACUACCUUCUGAAGGCGCUGCUUUUGGCCAACUGCGACAUCCUACUCGAUGACCAGAGCUCGCUGCGCGCCUUCCGAGAUACGAUUCUUAACUCUCUGAAUGACGUUGUCUACCUGCUGCGUCAUUCAUCUGCUGUGUCGCAUCAACAGCAGUUACUCCUACUGCUGCCUUCGCUAAGGCAGGCGGAUGACAUCCUGCGGCGAUUCUGGCGGGGUAUCGCACGAGAUGAGGUCAUUACCAUGAAGAAACUUUUCCUCGAGAUGCUCGAGCCGCUGGCCAGGUGAAAUAGAUUAUGCGAGUGGCCAAUCUAGUUGAUCUAGCUGAUAAGCAAAGGUGCAAAUAUAGUCUUAAGUUGAAAGUAUACUAGCGUAGAUUAAGCGUAGGAUAAGCCGUGUAUAUAGAUAGUAAAAUACUUGUCGGGUAAGAUUAGUUCGCAGAGAAAAACUCGUUUUAAUGAUUCGUCUAAUGUAUGUUCUAAUAAUUUGAAUACAAAACAUUACACUGUUGGCUAGUGGCUAUAUCCCAGUGAUAUUGUUGUCUAUUUGGUACACUUGCGGUCAAAUAAAGUAGCACUUUGAAUUCUUAUACAAUAAAAUUGUUAUGUCCAAUGA